UUUUGUUCAUUGGUCAACGAGACGAUAACGAGACUUUCAACACAGCACAAUCUAGACUACCCCCAACUUGUUAUCUCAGUGAAAAUUUUACCGGAAAAUAGCCCAGUAAAGUAACAAAGGUUUAUGAGUCAGAAGGCAGAAAAACCAACACUAUCAGGCGCCCGUCUGAAGACCCGGAAAAGGGAUGAAAAAGAAAAGUACGAUCCAACUGCUUUUCGUGAUUCCAUCGUCGCAGGACUGGGUGAAUGUGGGGGAGAUUUAGAACAAGUUUCACGCUAUCUGGACAAGGAAGGCUCAAAACUCAACUACAGGAGAUAUGCAGAAGUCUUAUUUGACACACUGUUUGCAGGAGGAAUUCUUGCUCCUGGAGGUUUUAUAGUGGAAAGCACGGACCCUGACAAACCAUCCAGGUCGGAUAUUUGUGUAUUCAGAUGGGAUGGCGAUACGGAGCAGCUGCGUAGCUUCUAUGCAGUUUUCUAUAAGCUCAUCAGAAGGUACAAGUAUCUGGAAAAAGCAUUUGAGGAUGACCUGAAGAAGAUCCUCAUGUUCCAGAAGGGCUUCACUCCUGAAGAGCGGGAGAAGCUGGCCACGGUGACGGGCAUAAUCCUGGCUAACGGCCUCUGUACCCCUCGCAUUCUUCUCAGCCUGUUUGAGGACCACUUGGUGAAGGAAGGGAUCUCGGUGGAGUUCACGGCUAGAUUGUUUUCUACCUGGCUCAAGGAGAAGGACAUCAACUCCAUUUGCACGGCUCUGAAAAAGCAGCAGAUUGACACGCGCCUCAUGGAAAUCUUUCCUCAAAACAAACGCAACCCGGAGACUUUCAACACCUUCUUCAGGGAACGUGGCCUGGGGCCAGUCGCUGACAUGCAGACGGCCCAGCUGGCCUCCAAGGCCAAGAAAGAGGCCCAGAAAGCUCUCGCCGAAAUGAUCAAGGAUGAAGUCCCAGUGCCUGAGAUGACAGAAUACGUGACUGAGCUUCUGGAGAAACAGGGCAUGUCAGAAACUGAAGUGACCAUAUCUAUCUGGAACUCGGUCAUGGCAGCUGUGGAGUGGAACAAGAAGGAGGACCUGGUGGCUGAGCAGGCUCUGAAGCACUUGAGACAGUACUGUCCUCUGCUCAAGGAGACGGCCAAGAGCGGCCGCUCGGAACUGUCCCUGAUGCUCAAGGUGCAAGAGUUUUGUUACGAGAAUAUGAACUUCCUCAAGUCCUUCCAGAAGAUCAUCAUGCUGCUCUACAAGACGGAGGUGGUGAGCGAGGACGUGAUCCUGAAGUGGUACAAGGACAGCCACAGCGCCAAGGGGAAGAGCGUCUUCCUGGAGCAGAUGAAGAAGUUUGUGGAAUGGCUGCAGAGUGCUGAGGAGGAGUCGGAGGAAGAAGAAGGCGAGGAAGACUGAGCUGUCCACGUGCCCUGCCCUCUCAGCAGCUCUCCACAAUUGUGAGGAUUUUUUCCCCGAGCAGUCGAUUACGCCCAUCAGCAAAUUUUGAAUUGUUUACUCGAGGUGUUUUUUGUUUUUUUCUCUUUUUUGGGGGGGGAGGAGGGAGGGGAUGGGGAUAUGGAAUCAUUUUCCCCCCCACAUCACUCAAGCCUCGAGUCUUAUUAGAGCAUGAUUGUCAUCUGAUUUUUUAAAAAUAAAAUUAAAAAGUGAAAGUUUUUACUG